AUGUCUACGGGAGUGCUUAAGACAGGGCGGCUAACGGCCAGGGGAAUCUACUUCAACUCCCAGAAGUCCCAGUCCACUGAGUCCAGUCGCUGCGUGGAAACGGGCUUAGGCCCCGGCUUCUUAGCUGUCUCUAGCCUCCAUGAGCGGUGA